GUCAUGGUGGAGAACAUUAUAUUUUUGAGACAGCAAGUAUUCCGAAUCAGAGGGCCAUUGUUUUUGGCUUGUCUGAAUAGCCUGGAUGAAAUAAUUAAAGGCAAAACCUUUUGAAUCCAUCCAGUGGUAAAGAAAACUUGGAUUAUUUCGCCUCGUUAUAUGUACUUUUAACUGCGCAGCCGUCAGGGGAUGCAUUCUACGGCAGGGGUGCAUUCUACGGCAGAACACCUGUCUAAACUCAUUUUAAUUUUGCAGGGCCGCUUUAAAAAAGUUCUUGCGUACAUUUUAUUUUUUAAGUUAUUUAAGAUAUUUUCGAGAAUCUGAGUCGUCUGUACACAAAAUUGUGCACUGCGCUUUUUCGUGUUUUUCCGACCACGUUGCUAGUGUCAGCCGUUACCGUGUAGUGUGGGAGUACUGCUAGCAACAGGUGUGGCCGUUGAGAUAACGACCGGUCAGAGUACCUUUCAGGAUUCUGCAAAGAUACUGAAACUUUGAGGUUAGUCUGGUUUGGUAAAAUCAAACUUGUUAAACUGGAACAUGAAAAAGUAGGGGUCCAUGCAUGACCUUGUUAAAAUUGCUGAAGGACGACUAACUGUACCGACUCCCGAACUCAACAAGCAACGUUCCUCUGAGGUAGUCACACGGUCCAAGCUAACAAUUUUUAAACUAUGUGCGUUUAUCACAGAAGUUUUGCUGAUUUGUCCCCAUUUUUUGCACUACAGUUGAAUUUGAAAGGGGUUUAUUGAACCUGUACAUCUAAAUAUGUGAAAUAUAAUUGUGUAACAGUCAUGAGGAGUAGGGAUGGUGUUUAUUUUUUAUUCUUAACCGCAAAUAUUUUAUUUUUAUUUGAUUUAAAGAUAAAUUGAAAUGCAGUUAAAUCAUGUGGUUUCUAUAUAAAGAGCUCUUAAAGCACUGUAGCUUCAUGUAAGUUUGUUUUUGUAGACCUGUCAACAUUUUAUGCCUGUAUUUAGGGUCCAUUUACAGUAGGGCCGGGUGAUAUGGGAGAAAGUUUAUCAUGAUGUGUUUUUUUUCAUAUCUGCCGAUAUCGAUGAAUAUCACAAUAUAAAGGAAAAAAAAAACUUGUCUAUCCUAAAUGUUCCCUGUUACUCUUAAAUGAAAGUUAACUGUGCUUAUUGGUAGCAUGCAUAGACUGUAUAUAGAAUGGAUAGAGUCUGCCUCCUCGCUGGGUGAAGCCACUUUGAGAACAGCACCCUCUGGUGACGGGCUGCAGAAUAGAUCAUAAAUCCCACUUCAGCCAGCAAAGCUUAUGGGGCUGUGGACAAGCUUUAUAAAUUUAUUACACAGAACAUAACCCCCCUACUUGCGAUGUUGACUUGUCUUUAUUGAAAGACUGAUUUGUGCUCAAGUCCUCUUUUUUCUGUGAAGCUCCGUUUUUAAAAGUUAUUAGGGGGUUCUAGUUUCUUUGAUUGACACCUGAUACAGCCUAUUAGCGUUCAGGGAUUGCGUAGCUCACUCGGGGGAUACGCUGUUUGAACCGAGUGUCAUCACAGCGACUCUCCCGCCGAAUGCGCACAACGCUACCGUGCAAUACUGGUUUCUGGAAAUGAAGAAAAAUCCCGGAAAUACUGAGAGCUUUUUGGCUUCAAAUCCGUAUACAGGCGGGAGGCGGAACCAAGUUGUCCAUAGUAUAUACAGUCUAUGGUCAUAAGGCGUUGCACUAGAGAAAGCUGGCUGAAUAGUUGGCUGUUUCAGCUGCACAGGCGCCUAAUUUACAGUAUGUAUUUGUUUGUGCUGCUGUGGUCUACAGAUGGCAGCGGGCAAAGUGAACCAGGAAGAAGUUUUAGCAAGGCUAAAGAUCGAUGUUCGUUCCUUGCUCAUUUCAUCAAAAGUAGGCCUGGAACCUGAGCAGCUCAGACGGGACUAUAAAGCGAUGACGGGACAUCCAAUGCCCCUGAAAGUCCUUGGCUUUAGAAAUGUCCUGGAUAUGGUGAAGGAGAUGCCUGAUGUGGUGACAGUUAACUUCAGGCCAGAUGGCACCUCAUUUCUGAAAGGUAAAGCAUUUUCCUUCUAGUUGACACCCUUUUUGGUCUUAAAUGCUACUAUUUAGUAUUUCAGAAAAAAACUGUAAUUGCAACCUCCUGCCUAUCAAACAUUUGAAAUUCGUUAUCUUAAUGCAAUCUCUUUUAUAUGCUUACAUUGCAGCUGUGGGUGAUGAGUCCACCAAAAAUAUUGAGGCGCUUGUUGCCAAGCAGCGCACGCCCAAGACUAACAAAAAUGUUUCAAGAAGAGGUGUCAGACACUUUUUCCCUAGCCACUUUCACCCAACCCAAUUUGUGGUCCUUCCCAGAAGAGGACGACCCCCUCCUGCUCUCCAUGCUCAGCUGAGGGGACAGCUCCGCAUACUGUUAACCCAGGUAUGAGUGAAGGGUGUUAAUUCAAAGCGUGGAAAAAGUGUUGAACUUUUUUUUGUUUUCAACUGAGUCUUAUUUGUGUGAAAGUUGUGUUAAUUGAUGGUAGGUAACUAUGGUAAGUAAUUGUUAUCUGCUGUAGUUUUGAAUUACCAUAAAUCCUCAAAGACCAGGGUUCAAUCUGUGGCCUGGCCCAUUCAACUGACCAGGCUCAAGAGCUUUAUAAGUGAAUAAAGGCUGGCUUUCAGUCAUUGGCUAGGGCACUAGCCACUAAUGUUUAUAUGUUGGAAUAUGUUAACUCUACCCCUCCCAACCAGCGUUCCCCUUAGCUCCUCCUCUCCUCUCUCUCUCUGCUCCAGCAAGCCCCGCCCACAAACAGACGCUGCUGCUCGCUCCUAUCAUUUCAAUUAAAUUCAAAUAUAAUGCAGAUAUAUACUUAAGGUAACUACAAAUGGAGCCCAUUUAACGUUAAAGUAAACAGCAUUGGUACUACUGUAGAUGCCAACAAACUACCAGCAAACACAAUGUUUGCAGGACCCGAGGUAAACAGUUUAGUGGCGCUACGAUACGCAGCAGAUCCCGUUUGAAAAGAAACACUUCUGUUACAGACACUCAGCUUACUUUGUGAAAGCUGUUUACCUGUCCAGCGGAAAGGUUACAGGGUCUGUAAGAUCCCAAAGUGUCCCCCAUCGUUUAUGCUAGCUUCAUGGAUGUUGACCCGGCUUUUUUAGCUCUUGUCCGGGUGGUCUACCUCCUUUUUAAGCGCCCGUUAUUCCACCAGAGUCGCCUAUAUUUACUUUUUUUUCUUGCUUGUGUUGGCAGUCGUGGUCAAAGGAGGAUUCAGACAAUUUCUGUACUUUGUGGUUGGUUUCUACUGUCUGAUAUUGUAGCACGCUAACUUUGUUUUGGCUCCUGGACGACACGGGGGAGCAGCAUCUGCCUCACAACCAAUCAGGAUGGGGGAGGCGGGAAAUGGCUUUGUUUACAGUCAGAAAGAGCGGAGCGCUCAAUAAUUUAAAAUGUUGACUACACAGACAUAACAAAACACAGCAAUAUUGUGAUAUUACCAAAUGUCAUCAAUGACUAAUAGCUAUUGACUGAUAUUAGGAGAUUUUUUGUAUAUAUACCACAAAAAAGAUGCUUCUUUAACGGAUUCCUGCCUACCCCACCUUUAAUAUACAAGACGUCUUAACCUUGAGUUCAAAAUGAUCAUGCAUCACUAUUACAAUGUCCUGUACUAUUACAAUGCUUGUGUACUGCAUCACAAACCUCUGCAGUUUGCUCCUGUUUUUCAUGUAUAACUGUAAGCUGUCAGCAUCUCCACUCCUGCUCAGAGCUGCGCUCCAUGAGUUUGUGUCUUGCAGUGUUUAAUAGCUGGAUGGAGAGGGAAAGUCCUCACCUUGUUAUUUUGGAGUCGAUAUAUGUCAGAUGUGACAGAUUUCACAAUUUAUAGUGUUUUUUUUUUUUUCCUGGGGUGAGUGAGCAUCCUCUCCAAACAAUAAACACUUGUGUAUGUUGGCAUCGUAACUGUGUAUUCUGGGUUCACUUAAUUAAAAAAAAAUGAAUGCAAAGAUUAUAACUGAGACGCUGACAUGGAACGCCAGCCACGGUUUAGAUUUUACUGGACAAACACAGCCAGCUAGAUUAAAGCAACAAUUCCUCCACAGCAGCCUUGGGCAGCCCUCUCGAGACACAUGUCUCAAUAUCAAAAAGCAAAUAAAAGACCCAGCCCAUAUUUAAAGGUUUAUGGUCAUACAUUUAUCAAUGUUUGUGGUUUCACCGUGGAAUAUUGUUAUUGUUUGAGGUAACAGUGCAGCUACUCUUUACCAGGGUCCAAUCAGAUUGGUAGACCUUGAAACCUGCUUCUUCCGCUGCUUUGGAUUCCCGCUGCGUGCCGACGCCUAUGGCUUCUAUUCCAUUGGAGAGAUGCUGGAGGCAUCAGCUGACCUGGUUGUUAUCCAGCAGACCAGGAUGGGCUCAGUUCUGGGUCUGAGGGCACAAAUGUCAACCUCCAGAGAGAGAGACCCCAGAGACCAGAUUUCAAGAAAUCCCCUUGGGAAAGGUGGGUCGAGACAGGCGGAAAAAAACCCAAUCACUUUCUUAUAACACUGAUGCAUUUACAUGUUUUCUGGCACUUUUUAAUUUGUCCCUUAUUCUUUAAUGUGGUUGCUAUGGUAAUCUUUAAAAUACCUUUGUCAUUCUUACCAACUGUAGUCCCAGUGAAGCAGAGUCCUCCUAACAAGCCUUUUACUGAGACUGUCCCGGGCUCUGUCAGUAACAACACAACAUCUGGCAGCUGUAAGACAAAGAUGAUGGAGAAGAAGCAGGAAGUGGAUCAGGAACUCCGUCAGGAAGGUCAUCUCUUUCAGGAACGUGUCAUGAAGGUUUGUGUUCAUCUGCACUUUAAUUUUUCAGCUCAAGACAAGACGUAAGAGACCUGUAUCUGUAUUCUUGUUGAAUAUACAACCUACAGACUCCAGGCAGCACAUGCCAGCAGAUUUUCAAACAACAUUAAUGGAUCGCCCCAAUUCAUUAUCAAGAAUCAUAGACAAAUUUUCUGUACAGUUGAUUGAUUUUAUUUCAAUUUGUCUUUGUUCUUUGUUUUGAAUUUUGCAUCAGCUGGAGAAAGAUCUUCACCAGCAAAUUUUAGAGAAUGGAGUCGCCGGCACCAUAAGCCAGGAGCUGAAGGACAAGCUACGAAAGGUCAGACCUCCUGCUAGUUUAUACAUGAAUCUGCGAUCGCUGCUAAUGACUAGAAUAGACAUGUUUUGCUUUCAUGGUAGGGAAUAUUUUGACACAAACAGCAACCAAGAAGGACCGUUAUAAGUAAUGUGAUUUCUUCUCUGCGUAUGUUCAUGAUUCCCUGCAGGUUGUCAGACAGAAUGGUGGUGGAGUAUCAGUGCAAGACCUGCCAGCAGAAUACAAGGUACAGAACAAAAAGCUGCACAGUGCUUCUGUUGAUCUGGAUUUUGUCACCGCAGUUGAAGGAAUAAAUAGCUGUAGGGUUAAGAGCCUAAGAAAUCAGUCGCUGAACUGGAUUCAUUUAGUCUUUCCAAGUAGAACUUUAAAAAUCACAUGCUUUAUUGUUGGGGUUUACUCAGAUUAAUUAGAGUGACUUUCUCUCUAAGGCUGCACGAUAUUGGAAAAAACUAACAUUGCAAUUUUUUUCAACCCUGCGAUAUAUAUUGCGAUAUCAAAAAAUACAGGAAUUUUCACCGGAUGACCUGAAUAGCACUUUAUGCUGAAAUCUUGUAGACAGUUAACCUGCUCUGAUCUUACCUCUUUUUGUGAAUGUUAGUAGAAUGGCUUCUGUCUGUCUCAGAGAUGUUUUUAGCUUUUAUUGUGCUGGGACGACAGAUGAACACAGAACACGUGUUUUGGUCGACAUCAUCCUUCUUGUAAUGAAAUAAUUUCAGAUCACUGACAUUCUCUUUCUUUUUGGCAACAAGUUCGUUGUUCGUUGCUAAUUUUGCAAUCGCAGUUGGUGUUACCGGUGUUGUGCCGAGAAACGCAUGUCCUCCGAGAAUUGCACGCACGUCGCAAAAUGCGCAGCGCUUAUAGUAGAGUGGUCCAUGGAAAUGCACAAUUUAAAGCCCAUACAGUUCUUAUUUGUUGGGCUUAACAGUGAUGAGUAAAGUUCCGAAAGUGGCUCUCAGCGGACACGCCUUUCUCGGCACAACACCAGCAGCGCCAGCGACUCACUCCAUGUGCAGGGGUGGGUUUCCUCCUUUCUGAUUUUGAUUGACGGCUGGCAGGGUAGUCUGAUUGGCAACUUGGUAAAGAAUGAAUGUGAUUGGUGGAUCGCUGCACAGCACACGCAGAGUCACAUGCAGUGUAUCGCUGUCAGCUACCCUUGAAAUCAGAUGAGUUCAUUCGCCUCCUACAUCGCAGAUUCUACGAUGUGACUAUCGCGAUGACAAUGUUCAAACGAUAUAUCAUGCAGAACUAUUUCUCUCAUUAAGCCCACCUUCCCUUAAUGAUGUCAGAACUCAAUCUGUUUUAAGACAAAGCAUUGCAACUGCAGAAGAGCAGAGCUCAGCUGUGAUGACUGAGUUGUGGUGAUGUUAACAUGUCUUUCACCUGUGAUGCUUUUUUGCUCCUCAGAGGCUUUUUGGUGAGGACUUGCCGGUGUCCCAGAACAGCUUUGUCAGUGUCACCGAACUGGUCAGUGCCAUGAAUGACACCUUCCACCUGAAACCCGGAGAAAGUGAUAGUGGACAACACUGGAUAGUCACGGACAUCCAAGACAGCGAUGAUAUACAAUUAGGUGCGAAUGUGCCUGUGUCUGUGAGUCUCAUGUUGUCAGGGAUUAUCAUAGGUCUUGUGCACUGCACAAUGGCACAGUGUCAAGCCAUGUCUCUUUAGCAGUAAAUCUUUACGCUCGUUCUGUGUACACUUGUGAGGGUUGGUGUGUGGGUGGGGGGGUUGGGUUUUAUUGUUGUUUUUGCCCCUGUGAGGCACUUGGAAUUACAAACAUGUACAAAAAGUGCCAUAUAAAUAAAGUUGAAUUUGAAUUUGCAGCUUUACCUGAAAAAACUUUUAUGUGCAUGAUCAUAUUUAGAUGUUUCAUGUAAAUAAAAAAAGCUCCUGGAAUUUGGUUGGCUCAUAAUCAGAGGGAAAAUCUAGUCGGUAGGAUGUCUUGGUGAUAACAUUCAGGGCAGUAUUGGAGGCGUUAUUCAGAUCUUUAAAAAUGUGUUUUCCUCUUUCCAUAGAAUCAAAAGAGACUGAAAAUGAUGUGAAGCAGCCAUCCCGGGAUUUUUACUUCAGCUGUAAAAAGUCAGCUUGGGAAGACGGACUAGAGGAGGACACUGGAAACAGCACGAUGGAUGACAAGGAUGAGGAGCAGGAACUCAACAACAAUUCUAAGAUUUAUGAAAUGGUGAUGGUGGCUUACUUGUGUUUGUAAAAAGAGACUUGAUGUGACUUAAAACACCUGUAAACAACUUUCCUCCUUCACUGUUGCAUGUGAUUUUCUGUAGGUAUCUGACAAGUACCCUACCAUUCAGGUACAUUGCAGCCCUGGAGUUCCUCCGGACGCCAUACAGGGUCAAAGUCUCAAACCUCCAACAUGCCAUGCCUCUAAGGAGUUGAUCGAAGUCAUGGUGGAACACGUGGAGUCACCAGGGAAUUUCUACUUACGCUUUUGCAAGCCUGAGCAAGUUCGUGCUUUGGAGGACAUGAUUAUUGAGAUGAGGUGAUGGGGAUGAUCGUGGUGACAGACUUCCUUCCUCCAUUUUUCUCCAUUGAAAAAAUCAAAACAAAUCAUCCAAUGUCACUUUUCCCGUUCUCGGUAUUAUUAGUCAAAAUUUCAGCUCUUUUGUGUUUCUUGAUGCUGAAAAGUGAAAAGUUUUCCCCCUCCUUUUGUCUCUCUAAGACAACGUUACACGUGUCCUGAUGUGUCCGAGCAAUACCGCCUUCCAGAGCGAUACGUCCGACGGGGCCAGCUGUGCUGCGUGUCACCCAAAGGAAUGUGGUUCUACCGAGUCGUGAUACAUCAGAUCAUCAGCCCCACUCAGGUGGAGGUGUACUAUGUGGACUAUGGUGAAAUGAAUGUGGAGCAGACUGCAAACCUCAAGUUCCUCAAGUAGGAGCACCACAGCUGUCGACCAAACUGAUCAUGACCUGUGUUUUUUGGAUUCCCUCUUAACUCCACCCCUCUCUCUCAGGUCAUGUUAUUCCAUUCUUCCAGCACAAGCUGUACCCGCAACUCUCUGUGGAAUAAAACCCAUCGCUGUGAGUUUGAUCACAUCAUCACCUCAUAGCAUACUAAAAAAAGGACAAAGCAUAUGUUUUUUUUGUUUUGUUUUUUAUCAUCCCUUUGAGCAGCUGCUUACAUCUGGCUCUUUUGAAAAGUGAAUCAAUCCAAACCGUGCUGCUGCAAAUGUCACAUUGGGAUUUGUGAGAAUUCAGUGUUUCUGUUUGCCUCUUUUGCAGAGGAGCUGGACUGCUGAGGCCACGGCGUCUUUCAAGAAGCUGUGCUGUGAUCGCAUCCUAGUGGGCGCUUUGCAUAGUUACACUGGAGACGUGCUGCAGCUCUACCUGUGCGACACACGCACGAACGAAGACAUCUACGCCCACACUGUCCUGCUCAGCCAGGGUCACGGGACAGCCUGCAGUCCUUCAGUCAGCGCAAGCGUGAGCCACACACAGACUUACUUCUGCUGUGGACAUUAUAUAUACUAUUUUUUAACUGUUUCAUUUUUGUUCGAUAUUUUUGUUUAUUCAAGAUUACAAAAACAACAAAAUAACUGAUACAGAUCAUUGUGAGCCUAAUACAGGAACAUGAUUAUAAUUAUACAUGAUUAUUACAUCUCGAAGAGCUUUGUACAUUUAAUCUGCUGAUGAUAACAUGAAGCUUGAGAAAAAUUGAUCAAAUAAAAAAAUUAGUUUCCUCUGACUGGUAAAAUAUUUUGUGGAAAAGGUGAUAGUAAAGCACUGAACCACAGCUUAUCUUUGUUGACAUUUGAUCAGUCCAAACUUUGAUUAUUUGUGUUUUAUAAUGCUUCCCUUCUUUACUAGCUUUGUACAGAGGUCAGCCCAGUGAGUCUGUACUUGGGGAAGGAAAUGGCCGACCUGCCAGCGGUGGAAGAGGAGGCAGCUUCAUCCCAGACGCCUUCAAGCAUGUGUCAUCAGUCUGUGUCAGCCUCUCCAAAGGUGAUUUACACGCACACACACAUGGAUGUUUAACCAUAUCAACUGGAUGUCUAUGUUCGAUUUUUAGCUCAUCAAGAAAUCUAUCAAUAUGAACUCUUGGUUUUGUCUUCCUCCCUCUUCUCCUAUUUCUUUCUAACUCCUUCAUAUUUUGCUCCAAAGCUUUAAUCCUCCACUGCCCAUAGCUCUAAUCUUACCAGCCAUACUGUACUGUCAGCACUGCAGGCCCUGCUAUACUAUGCACAGACAUGCACAUACUGGAACAAAUUUAAUGUAUAGUCACGCUGCUCUGAAAGUCACAACAUGGUGUUGCCAAAAGAGAAAACAGCUGAUGAGUGGGCUGUGAAACAAGUGUUCGUAUUAAAAGAUGGUGUCUCUCUGAUGCUUUUUAAAACUGUGCAAACAGGAGAACAAUACAGACAGCACAAAUAGAGUACUUAACCUUGAUUCGAUUUAUUUAUUGAAUAUUAUUUAACAUUAAAGGGAAAAUAAAUAUGAGCAUAUUCUUUAAAACGUGAAUGUAGCUGAAAAACAAACAGAAAAGUCAAAUGACAAAUCAAACAAACUGACUGACCAAAACUCUUACAGUAACACUCAAGUAGAUUUUGUGACAUGCUCGAGCAGGUUUGACUGAGAAUGUGUUCAGUCAGUUUUUUACUUGGUUAGUUAUAGACCUGUCACUGUAUAUGUCAUACAAUAACAGAAAGGUAACCGUAGCUGUGUGGAGUGGUUGUGAAUGUAUUUUCUGCUUUAAAAUAACCUUUAAGCGGUCUAGGUGUGCCCCACAUAUUGAGGCGGUGCAGACAUGAAUCCAUCCUGUGGCGCUUUUCCUGUGUGUCACUCUCCGCUCCCUCUCCCCGGUUUCCUGCUCUAUCCACUAUCCUCAGUCUGUCAGUAAAGGUCAAAAAAAGCCCCAAAAUAAAUUUCUUUGCAUGAAACUGACAAUGAAAUUGAAUUGCGGUUGCUGUGUGUUGAACUGCCCCAGGCGCAGUGUGAAUGAGUUCAGCUCAUUCUGAUGGGAGUGUAUGAAUGUGGGGUAGAUAGGUGAGUGUGAUGUGUAAUUUGAAAAUGUUCAUAAAUCAGAGGGGGAUAAGAGAGCAUUUGUUUUGUUUUGUUUUUCAGGUUGAAGAAGAGCUGCCUGCCCUCGAGUUUAUCGGAGAGCCUGAGACCAGCCCCCCUACCCAGGUGUGACCACCACCACCUGACACUUGCUCUUCACACAUCCACACUACUACUACUAAAGUUUUUAGUUUCUUCAUGUUAUUUUUAUCAUUUUAGAUUAUGUCAUGGUUGUUCCACUUUUGAUCAAGAGUGUACUUGUAUCAGAGAGGUUUGAAUUCAUACUUAUAGAGUUAGUUUUGACCAAAGACAGAUUUGUGGGUCCUGGGCUUGACUGUUGAAUACUGCUGAUAGUGUUGCCUGCACACAAAUGUAUUUGACACCCAGUGGUGUUAAAAAAAAACAAAACACCACUUAGGUCCUGCUUGUUGCUGUGUUAUGUUCAGGCUACAGAUGCCGACCCGUUUGAAACUCCGCUUGAUGAUGAGACCCUCAGCAGCUGGGAGCUGGGCCUUUUCACGAGAUCUCCUCCGAGCAGCAGGCUCACUCCAACCUCCAGUCCUCUCCAACCGCCUGAUCCAAUCCUAACAGAGACAAGCCCAGCUCACUGUGCAGCCCAAGCAAACGUGAGAGGACAUAAGAACAUUUAGAUCAUGUAUUUACGAUGCCUUUCUGUUGCUUUUUUCCACACACUGAGGAACUUUCACUCUGUCUCCAGAUGUCAAGAGUGACUCCAUCAACAACUCCACCCAGCGUGAACUCCAGCUCUUAUCAGACACCAACAAAAGAGGAGCACUCACCCAAAGUUCCCAGCCCCUGGUUUGAGAGACAACCUCUCAUCCUGAGGAACUUGAGCCUCCACACUCCCAACCUUAACCCAGGUACAUCUCUACAUAUUCACACGUUUCUUAAGACACUAUGGCUGUUUACUCUGAAUGAUAGCACAAAUUUGGAUUUAAAGUUAGUAAUGUUAGCAGUUUCAACGUGCUAGAGACAUGAAACAGGCUGUUUCUUCAUGUGAGGUUGUUAAAAUGAAAACAUUUUAUCCCAUCGCUCUGUCCAAUAGAUGAUAAAUCAAAAUUUAAGAUCUCUCAAAGCUCUCUUAAACAGGAGUCCUAAUGUUACAAUAAGGCUUGAAGUGCACACUCUGACAUUACACAUGAUUACAUAAUGACUGUCAUUAACCCAUGUGUACACAGAGAAAGGGACCCCUUUAAUGCAAUUAGUCUGUGCGCAUGGAUACGGGGGGACAUAUUGAUUUCUAUCCUGCUGCUUUGGUGGAUGAAGCUGCUCUAAGGAGCUGACACAAAUUUAAUUAGACCUGUUACCAGAGCUAUUUGACCCAACAGGCUGCUUUCAUUGUAUGGCAUUUGUGCUGAUAUUCACACACUGAUGCUCCACCAUUUUUCUGCUCACACAGUUCGUUUUUUGUGUGAGAAAAACAGAAGUAAGUGGGUUUGAGGCGGAUUUAUCUUUGCAAGUUAUUUCUUGUGAGCUGCAGCGUUACAAAGUGCAUUACGCAGAUGAACAAACAGAUAAAACAUGAGGUAGAAACAAAAGCGAGUGCUCGACAGAGAUAAGAGGAUAGAUGCUUGUCCUAAGAUCUGAACAUGUGUAAGACAACAUGCUGAUGAUAAAGUUUCCCCUCUAAAUCUGCACCAAAACUCUCUGAGCUCAGGUUUCUCUCAGAAAUCUGACAUUGCAGAAACUUUCCAAAGUAAAACAAAAGAAAAUCUACAGAUUAAACAUUCAAAGCUGGUACUCAUCUUUCGUAACAGCUCUGUUUCAUCUCUCUUGAUGCUACUUUUGCGCACUGUAAAGUCAUGCGGAUACUGUGGCUUUUGCUGUCUUUAUGAUAAGGGGAAGAUUAGAAGUAUACUUUGAAACACUGACCUGAUAAAGGCACCAUUCAGCUCUCUGCAGCUCAGUGUUUUCAUUCACACAUAAACCUUGCAAUAAUCUUUCAUUGAUUCAGCCAUAUGUGUGUGUGUGUGUUUUUCUCUCUAGGUGUAAGUAUCCCUUCUUUCCAUCAGUACUGGAGCCCAGGCAUCAUGUUUCCUGUGUUUGGUGGGAAAAUCCAACCCCCCCAAAAAACAACCUGAGCAUGUCCAAACACACACACACAAAAAAAUAAUAUUCACUCCUUUAUAAUGUCAUAACUCAAUAAAGUGCCAUGUCCCUACACUAUCAGGAAAAAGAGUUGAGGAGGUAUUUUGUCAGGUAGCAGAAGAGUUACAUAUUCAGAAAAGAUGCUUUAAAGGAUUUUAUUUUUAGUUGAUGUUCAUGUCGUUUUAAAUCUUCAAAAUCUGUUUUUUUUUUUGUCUGAAAUUGUUUUAUGGAAGCACUUUUCAAACAAUAAGGAAACUGUUUUUUCUUCUGUGUUUUUUCGGUUCAAACAUGGAAAAAAUGUCUCAUCAGUGAAAUAGUUUAAUAUUCAUCAAUAUGUCAGUGCUGUUCUGGACACGGUUAAUACAUUUCGAAAUGAUGUUAAAUAUGAACAUUACAGAACAUCAAGAUAAAUCUAAUUUUGCUUUUGAAAAUAAAUUUUAUUUGUGAUAUUUCUAGUAUUCAAGCGUGUUGCAUGUGAUCCUUGGACAUUAAAUCUUUUUCUUAUGAGUCUAGCGUCUGACAUGGAAAAAAAUAAUGCACUACAUAAAGACAUAACCUGUUCACUCUUUAUUUCAGAGCACCUCAUGUCUUGACACCUCGAAAUUGGAUGAUGAAAUAUUGAUCACAGCUAAAAUACAAGCAAUAGAAAUAGAUUACCUUAUCA